AAGCAGAACCUGGACAAAUACAAUCGAGCGACUCGUGCGAUGAUGAAAAACAGUACGCCAGGUUCGAUAACUGGUAGGUCAAACACGCGUGGUCGUUCGAGGCGGGUUCGAAGCGGAACGACGCCAGUCCGCGAGGAACGCGUAAACAGAUAGACCGCCGCUUCGGUCAGCUUAGUAACCGCGAAAGAUGUUCAUCGCUACGUCGUGGAGGAAGUUUGCAAGCCAGCUGCUUCUCCCAGGAGACGUCUGAGCUCUUCGAGAAACCGCGAAACGGCUGAUUUCAGCCGGUAAUUCCACGAAAUGAGAGCCCCGUGGCUCGUCCUGAUUCUCGCCGAGAUCCUGGACUCGAUCCCGGCCCUCGGGGACACCGUGUGUCACCGUAAUCACACCGACUUCAUCGUUCCCAGUCAAAGGUCCACGGUGACUCUAUCCAGACGUAGGCGUCUCGCUUUUCCAAAGGGCAGCGCGUUCGUGAUGACAAUAUCCAUUUUGCAACCGAUUCCGGUGAAGUUGCCCGCGGUUUGGAAUCUGGAUUUUGAGUUCGAUAUGAUCUGGCCAAUACCGUCUACCACGGAGAAAGUACCUAUCAAGAGAAAGUAUUUCGUGAAAAGACCAUGGAUACUGAAACGACGUCAUCGUCGUGAGCUGUACGCUAAUUUUGAGACUGCUUUGGAUAGCCAGAAUUUACCAGGACGACAAUGUAUUCUGAGGACAAUCUGUGAAGCAAAGGUGUUCUUGAGCCCUCCAGGUGAAUCCUUCAUCGAAGACGCAAUUCGACUGAUAUUAAGUAACAUUGAAGACGUUGGAGAUAUAGACUCGUACGACAUCGCAUAUAGGACAAAGGUACCAUGCGACAUGGCCUAUACUUGUCCAUUUUCUCUUCUAAAAUUAUUGUUAUUUCAUUUGUACUCGGAUAGUUUAAGCUGACAAUAAACGUUCCUGUUCGCGGAGAUUUAUUUUUCACUUUCAG